AUUAGAGAGAGAGAGAGAGAGAGAGAGUGAGAGAGAGAGAGAGAGUCUGAGUUAGUGAAAAGUCAUUGAUAUAUCUUUAGACAAUUAUAUUAUACAACAUAAUUGAAGCCAUCGAUCGAUACAAUUACUGGAUUUUUUGUUAUAUAUAAUUAAUUUCAUUAACCAAUUUGUUUGUUUUUUGGAAAGGGUGUGCGGGGAAAGGUUAGACAAUAUGUCAUCACCCAAACAACAGGUCAAGGAUACUACCGAAGCAACCUAUGGACAUAUGCGUAUGAAUCUGGUCCGGGACAGGCAUCUCAUAUGGAAAGGUUUGCGCAAAAACUAUGCCAUUUGGCCGCUACUGGUGUUUGCCUUUGGCUGUGCACCGUCGAUGAUCAUCUAUAUGACUGUCCACAAGAUACGUAAUCCGGAUACUAUUUGGUCGACCACUAAUCCGGAGCCGUGGAACGGUUGGCAAAACAAACGCGAAAAGUUGAUCUCAUUUGUCGACUUUGACUAUAAAAACUAUUCAACGGGAAGACCGGAUUUUGAGGAGAAAAAGGAAAAAUAAUUUUUUGAA